CUCGUAAGAUCUCUGUCUGCUUUGACUGAUACGUUAGAAAAGAUACUUGUUACAAUUACUGUGUGUCGCAAUGUUGCAUGAAUAAUUGUAUUAUAAUUAAAGGCGGACGAGUUCUUUGUAAAACAUUCUCUGUAUAAACUUUUGUCUACGAUUGUUCAACAAUAUAUUGUUUAAAUUGUUGUAUAGGGUACAGACAGUGUUCGAUUUUGCAACAACAGUGAAAGGAAAAAAGAUGCUUUAUAAACAUUCCGAGGGAUCCGUUGAUUAAAUGUUUAAUUUAUUUGGCUAAGACGUUAAUAAACACACCACACACGAUUAUUGUUAAAGAACGGUUUUUUAAUAAAAAUUAUAAAUAAACGUUGUUACAGUUGUAUGAAUGCGGAUGGCUGCGUUUGAUGACGAUGUAAACGUUAACAUUCAUUUGUACACAUAGAAAAUUAGAAAACGUUAAUAGCGAUUAUCAUGAUUUCUCAUUGGUAUAAUUAAGUUUAAGUGUUAUAUUCUCCGCCCUUUUUAGCACAGAAAUUCCUUGAAAAUUCUCAGCUUGAUAGAGACAGAGAAACUCAUGAAAAACCCGGUUUCCGUUCGGAACCUCAUUAAUUUCGUCACGAGAGAAUUAAUUAUGAAUAUUCAUCGAAAUAUUUUCGUUUUUCAGAGGUGCCCGGCCACGAAGUGCUGUUUCAAAACAGCACUGGUAGAAUAGUAGAUUUAGUUAGCGAUUAAUAAAGCUAAUUAAAUUCGUGAGACCGGAAAACACGGAACAGAGCCAUGGGGAAACAGAACAGCAAAUUGAAACCAGAAGUUCUUGAAGACCUCAAGGCGAACACAGAAUUCUCAGAUGCCGAGAUCCACGAAUGGUACAAAGGAUUUUUGAAGGACUGUCCAAGUGGACACCUCAGCGUAGAGGAAUUCAAGAAAAUCUACGGGAAUUUCUUCCCCUAUGGUGAUGCUUCUAAGUUUGCAGAACACGUGUUCAGAACAUUCGACGCUAACGGUGACGGGACAAUCGAUUUCCGGGAAUUUUUAUGUGCACUCAGCGUCACGUCUCGCGGCAGAGUGGAACAGAAAUUGAAGUGGGCAUUCAGCAUGUACGAUCUAGAUGGGAACGGAUACAUCUCGCGGCAGGAAAUGUUGGAAAUCGUUACG